ACGAAGUUGCGCUCGCACAAGCGCGGUAUCGCGUCCGCUCGCGUUUUCUCACGCGCAGUCAAUGGAGUCACUGCGUGUUUCUGGAAAUACUGGCAUUUAUGAAUAUUCAUUAACAGAUCGCUUUGUAAUAAUUGAUCUCAAUGGUCUAUGAUCGGAUUUAAGCGGUUGUUUGAUGUCAGUAAGGUGGCCAUAUGCUUUGUUAGCAUCGUGUUAGCGUUCACUGCGGCCUGACGAUUGGAUCUCUAUUAUUAAAAUAAUUCUAUAGUAAAUUUUUUACUUGAUAACUAGUGCGUGGACUCAUGUAAAUAUGGCAGAAGAAGGAGCGGUUGUAAUGCAGCAGAUCGUGGACAGGAGUUGCUGGGUUUGUUUUGCCACAGAUGAGGAUGACCGUACAGCCGAGUGGGUGCGUCCGUGCCGCUGCCGUGGAUCUACUAAAUGGGUUCAUCAGUCGUGUCUGCAGCGCUGGGUGGAUGAGAAACAGAGGGGAAACAGCACCGCACGGGUUGCCUGCCCACAAUGCAAUGCUGAGUACCUGAUUGUGUUCCCUAAGCUUGGGCCGGUGGUGUAUGUGCUGGAUCUGGCAGACAGGUUGAUCUCGAAGGCCUGUCCGUUUGCUGCUGCUGGGAUCAUGGUGGGAUCCAUUUACUGGACCGCCGUCACAUACGGGGCUGUGACAGUCAUGCAGGUUGUAGGUCAUAAGGAAGGUCUGGAUGUGAUGGAAAGAGCCGAUCCACUCUUCUUGCUGAUUGGCCUGCCCACCAUCCCAGUUAUGCUAAUUCUGGGGAAGAUGAUACGCUGGGAGGAUUAUGUGCUCCGCCUUUGGAGGAAAUACUCCAAUAAGCUUCAGAUCCUCAACAGUAUCUUCCCAGGUAUCGGCUGCCCGGUGCCAAGGAUCCCGGCGGAGGCCAGUCCGCUAGCCGAUCACGUGUCUGCCACACGGAUCCUGUGCGGAGCCCUGGUGUUUCCUACCAUCGCCACCAUCGUGGGCAAACUGAUGUUCAGCAGCGUCAACUCAAACCUGCAGAGGACCAUUCUGGGUGGCAUCGCGUUUGUGGCUAUCAAAGGGGCGUUUAAGGUUUAUUUCAAGCAGCAGCAGUAUCUCCGACAAGCUCACCGUAAGAUCCUCAACUUCCCCGAACCGGAAGAGGCCUGAGCUCGCCAUCAACACCUCCAUCCACCGUCAUUUGUGACUUCACACGCAACACUAGCAGACAUCUGGCUUUCUUCUUCCCUGUCAAUGUGACCACUGCGUUUGGAGUCUGGACCCAGAUUCAGCCUUGCUUCUGUUAAUUUAAGCAGAGCAGGGAGUUGCUUGUUACUCAUUUUAUGGGCUUUACGACAUUUUAAGAAACAGACUGAGGAAAAAUAAAUAUUCAAAGAAGGUUUUAUAUUAAGAAGUGUUUUUUUUUUUAUUGAUUAAGAAACGUUCUGAUGGAUCGCUGUGUUCAAACUAGCACUUUGGCUAAACAUUUCUCUCCUCCUACAUGCAUUAUAAUUUAAAGGGAUAGUUCACACAAAAAUGGAAAUAUCCAAGCAUUAACUCACACUCAAGUAAUUUUUUUUAAUUCUGUUGAACACAAAACUAGAUAUUCUGAAGAAUGAUGGAAUAAAGCAGCCAUUGAUAUCCAUAGUAGGAAUAAAAAAUACUAUGGAGGUCAACAGCUUCUUCGGUAUAUCUUCCUUUGUGUUCAACAGAAGAAAGAAACUCUAACAGGUUUUGAAAAAGUGAAAUAUGAAUAAAUUAUGACAGAAUUUUCAUUUUUGGUUGAACUAUCACUUUAAAUAUGUAUUUGCUCACGAUAAGUAUAGAAAAUAACCUUGUUCCAUGGCUGAUGAACAUUUUAUUUCACCCCAGAAUUAAAUUAAGUAAUUAUAUUUUUACAUAAUGUCAGGAUGGGAAAUGAGAUUAAAUUGAUUGAUUAAAUUUAACACAUAUUAACAGUAAAUACUAUUAUGUACAAUCAAGAUCUGAAAUGUUUAUUUGACCUCAAAAUUCUCUUUUUUUGUGAUUUAAUUAUAGAAACAACAACAACAAAAAAAUAAUUUUUUCAAUUUAUUAUGCUGAUUUUGGGGUGCAUUAUAAGCUUGACUGUUUUUGUGUAGUCAUCUGGCCUGCCUGUCACACAAUUUAAUCGAUUGGCUCAGUUUGUUUUCUAUCUUUAUGGUGUUGACAUCUAUGGAGGGCGAAACCUGCAAAAACAAUAAAUAAAUAAAUGAGUAAAUAAAUCCAUAAAAUCCUGCAUAAAUAAAACAUCAAAUGAAUAAAUACGCAAAUAAAUGAGUAAAUAAAUCCAUAAAUUACUGCAUAAAUAAAUAUGCAAAUAAAUGAGUAAAUAAAUGCAUAAAUCACUGCAUAACUAAAACAAUAAAUAAAUACGCAAAUAAAUGAGUAAAUAAAUACAUAAAUAAUUAAAUAAAUAAAUAAGCGAAAAAAAUAGAGUAAAUGAAUCCAUAAACCCUACAUAAAUAAAACAAUAAAUAUGCAAAAAUAAAUGAAUAAAUGAGUGAAUAAAUCCAUAAAUCCUUGUAUUAAAAACAAUAAAUAAAUAAAUACACACAAAAAAUAAAUCCAUAAAAUCCUGCAUAAAUAAAACAAUAAAUAAAUAAAUAUGCAAAUAAUUUUAUAAAUCCAUAAAUUCCUGCAUAAAUGAAGCAAAAAAAUAAAUAUGCAAAUAAAUAAAUAGAUGAGUAAAUGAAUCCAUUAAUCCCUGCAUAAAUAAAACUAUGAAUAAACAAA